AUGCUGGCUCGACCCAAACGGUCCCGUACAGGCUUAGGCCUUCUGCUGGCUGCCGCCGUAUGUCUGCUCGGCGGAGAAUCGGCAUCUGGCGUUGGCUUCAGCGUGGUCCGUCCAGCUAAUCCAGCCCGUGAAACUCCACGCCUUCGCACACGACAUGGUCGAAGGAGCUGCGCAGCUCCGAUGCAGGUGCUAAAGGCGGAAGGAAGCGGAAUCGGCAGUGUCCUUCGCGGCUUCCUGAGGCGUGCUCUGGCUGUCCUGAGCAUGCUGACUGCACUGACAUGGUGGGGCAGGUCCACUUCCAAGGUGCUGAAAGCUGCCCCGGUGGAGUCCUCUGAAUCCAACGACUGGGAACCUGAAAUAUCCGCACCAGUUGCAGUGCGCAGUGUUCAAGUCCCCGUUCAAGUCCAAGAGACUCCUGUGCAGAAAGUCGCAGAGAUGAACCAAGUGGCCGAAGUGACGAAUGUCGACACGACACCAGUGGCUCCAGUUGCGAGUGAAGAGGUGCUCACAGACCCUGUAGUACCAGGAAUGGCAAAGGCAAACUUGGUAGUGAAUGUGGAGACAGUUCCGGGAAAAGCACAGACUCCGCAAUCAGAUGCCAUGAUGCAACAAUCGGACCAACAAGUGCUCGAAAACCUGUGCGGCGACGGCUGGAGCUGCUCGCCAAUCGACGCAGAGAAGGGCUUGUUCGAAAUCACAUUGCCAGCGGUGAGAUACGAGCUCCCGAUGGGCGUGGUGUCCAUUCCUGCACCCCUCUUCCACGCUCAGGCCCGCAGCUCACAAGUGCAGUCUGGCGACUACAGCGAAAGGUUGGUGGCCGACAUCGUGCUACAGAACGGUGACAAAAUGCUCUGUGUUGAGCUUGGAUUUCCCUUCAACAGCAAAUUCACCAUCUCAGCCGCUGGCUGGGCGCGCUGCCGUGUUGCACAAGAGCCCGAUUCGGUGAUUUGCAAGGCGCAGGUCGAGAUGGGCCUCCAGGUGCCAAAGGUCCCAGGAUUGACCUCGAUCUUGCAGUUCUUCGUGAAGUCCUAUGCCAACAAAUCCGCAACUUUGCUGCAGACCCCGGAUAUCUCAGAAGACCACACCCGUCUCGUCGGCCGAGGCUCACGACUGCGCCGUGCCGAACAGCCCGACAUCAACCCUGCCAGAGAUUUGCAGGAUGAUCCGGUGCCGAGGAAAGACGAAGAGACUGCAGCGGAGUGCAUUCGUCUUCAGAGCAUCCUGGACAGGAUGAAGCAGCUCAUGCGUGAAGAGAGAGCCGUGUGGAACGAAGAACGGGCGCAACUGUUGGAUGAGUUGUCAGCUACACGACGCGCCUUGUCGGCUUCCGAGGCUGCUCGCGAAGCAGCAGAGCUGGCUUUGGCUCAACGCUCCGUGUCCAUGACGGCUCCCUUUCCCUCGGCCUCAGCGGCCUCAGCCGCCUCAGUUGCCUCAGCCUCUCUUCAGCCGUCUUUUCAUCAAAGUCGCGGCAGCCUGGGGAGCCUCGGGAGCUUUCAAGGCCUUGGGCCCGAAGCUGAGAUCGCAGUCCUCAAGGACGGGGUGCGCGCGGCCCUGGACGCGAUGUCCUUGGACAAGAGACCCCCUGGGCCCUCUCAAGAUCAAUUCAGAGCAUACAGCAGGCAAAUGCGCCCUGCGGGCCAAUGGACCAGAAUGCAACUUGAGGACGACGCGAAUCGGUUCAAAACGGCAGACGACGCCGCGCUGGCCAAUGAUUUGGACUUCUCCUUUGAGGAGCGAGCCGACUUGCUCGCAGACCUCCUCGAGGACGACAGCUCCGUCCUUCCGCUGUUGGAAUGCCCGCCAGAGUCGCAACCAUCUGCGACUCUGGCUGACCCGCCCCGAAGUGCACAGACCGCAAGCUCCCGCGAUUUCAUCUCAUUUGCAGGAGGCGGUAACAACGGUUCGGAUGAGACCGCUUUGCCGGAUGAUGCGUGUGGCCGUGGCCUGUGGAGUCUCUUGACCCUGCGAGACUUCGCAGAUCUGGGUGGGACCACAAAACAUUACCGCGGCCUGCGAACCCUCGCGGAAUGGGACGAGUCCAAUGCGAUGAGGCGGCUGGAGUGGGAUCCGUUGAUGAUUUGCGCGCCGCCGGCAUUACGAUACAGCCUACUGGCUGCAAUGCAGGUGAGACGUCAGCUUUGGACUCAGCACGGCCCGUCAUUAGGGGCCGGCUGGGACUGGUUCAGUGCCAAGGUGUGCCGCCGAAUGGCCGUUCCGACCUUCCUGCGCUGGGCGUCGCUACAGCACGACGGCAAGGUACUUGGGUGUGGGUGGUUUGCAGAGGCGCUCGAGAAGGAUUGUUACUUCGAGUAUGCUUUGUAUGAUGACCGAUAUGGGCCGAUAUGGGCAACACGGCUCGGCCUCUCAACUGGAGAUGCGGUGUCCAGCGGCGCCGUCCUUCCAGGGCAGAAGCGAAAGCGAACGAACGACGCAGAUGAAGAAGCAGAGCCGGCGAAGCGGACAGGCAUGCGGUUCAGAUGCGGACGCUCCGAUGCGGUCGACCUGAGCGAGGAAGCUGUCAACGACAUCUACGAAACGGUUCAAAGAUGGCACAGCAAAGAGCAUCGGGAGAUGAUGCGAGCGCACUUUCAGGGCACAGACACUUCCAAGAAGGGCAAGACUCAGCUGCCGCGGGCCAACAGCGGGGUUUUCAGCGUGACUCCCACUCUUGAUGCCCACGAGGCAACAGUCUUCGCCUUAAAUGAAAGUCAGCCGGAGCCGGACACAACAAAGAAGCCUCAAGCAGAAGGACGUGGCACCGCAUCAAUUAACAUCGAAGAGGCGCAGCUCAGGCUAGCCGUCGAGCUGUCGAAAAGGGAAGCAGAGCAGCCAGAGAAGGAGAAGGCCGAGGAGACGGAGAAGGAUCCCCAAUCGAAACAGGCCCAGGCCCAGGCCACACCCGAGGAGAUUCAAACGGAAGCCGUGCCAGCAAAGACUCAGGAUGUCGCAGAUGUCCGGGUGCCAGAGUUCGAAGGGCUUCCGCUCCGUGGAGAAGGGGGAGUUCCAGCUGCCCAAGUCUUCGUGAAGCCGCACUGCCUGGCGGCGCGAGUCGAGGCCUUGCCAGAUGCGCUGGAAAGGUCCAUUGAAAGCAUUGCCCAGGGCUCAGUUAAAGUCCACAAGCUAGUGACGCCAGAUUCCUGGGCGCUGCUCUAUGAGUCCAUCACGGAGGAAGCGCCUGCUGUUGGGAUGUUAGACGAUGUGGCAACCGACACCGCCAAGCUCCAGGGCUCUUCCGGCAUCUCGCUGGACCAGGAACGCCUCUGUUUGCCCAUCUGGCGGCGAAGUUCCGUCAUGUCGGGGCUCUCGUGCCUCACAGAUGGACCGGACGGAACCGGCGCCGCAGAGAAGCUGCGCCUGAACCGGGCACGGCACGACUUCCUGAAGCACGCCAUGCUCGAGUGGUGCGAGCUGGAGGCCACGCUGGUAGCCACGGUGAGGGGACCAGACCAGAGACUCUGCAUAGUGCUGCCUUCUCCUUUCGCUCAGGAUCUCACCGAGUUCCUCGAUGCGCAGCUGGGCCCGCUGGAGAUGGCCAUCGACAACUUCCGAGGAAGCCAGGAGGUGAACACGGCGCACACACCCCACGUCCGGGACAUCGGGCGCCUGAUGUUUCGGAACCACUGUCUUCUGGACUCUCGGGUCUUCAGGCCCUUGUGCUUGGCAGCCUAUGCACUGGUCCAUGAGAUCCAUGGUGCCGCUGGGAAGCCGAACGCUUCCGGAGAAAAGAGAGAUCCCGACAGUGUGGAUGCCCUCGUCGAGUCCUAUGAGCAGAACUUGGUGUCACCAAUUUCUGCUGCCAUGGAUCGCUUCGGUGACAAGGACCUCACGGUGCCGACAUCCGGGGCCAUCCGUCCAGAGACUCAAGCAGAGGCCAACUUGUAA